AUGAUGAAGUUGACUAAUUUGGUACUGUUUUCCUUCUUGCGCAUUACCGCGGGCCAGCUCAUUGGACCUGUAGGUCCAACUACUGAUCUCAAAGACAAAACAAUUGAGUGCAACAUUCUGGAUUAUGGCGCGGUGGCAGAUAACAAAACCGAUAUAUCCACUGCGCUGGAGACUGUUUUCUCAGAAUGUGUUCGCAAACAACCCGGUAGCCGACUGGUUGUUCCCGAGGGGGAGUAUCUGAUCGAGAGAGGCGUAACUCUUCUCAAUGGCACAAACUGGGCAUUCCAGUUAGAUGGACUGAUUACGGCUGCAUAUGGUGGUGACUGGAAUAUUGAGCGUGAGUUGCUUCUCCAGGGAUUUGCCGGCACAGAGAUCAUCAAUGCAACCAUCAAUGGAGAGGGUGAUUCUAAAUUUCUUCUAGACGUUCUCGUCAUCGUCAAUGCUGUGGAUUUCGAGUUCUAUUCUUCCAAUGGGAAAGGUGCCUUCCAAGGACAGGGUUAUCUAUAUCGCAAUCUCGAAAACACUGAUCGUCCACGCUUGGUGCGUUUGAUUUCUCCGACCAACGCCUCAGUUCACGACUUGAUCCUGGUGGAUAGUCCGAAAUUUCACAUCAUUCUUGACUUUGCGGUCAAUGUUGAAGCAUAUCAUCUGACUAUCCGCGGAGCCAAUCUGGGUAGUUAUGAUGGCAUCGAUGCCAUUGGGACGAACUAUUGGAUCCAUGAUAAUGAGGUCACGAAUCGCGAUGAAUGUGUUUCUGUGAAGAGCCCUUCCCAUCAUGCCUUGGUCGAGAACCUAGUCUGCAACCAAGCAGGCUCGGGUAUCUCCAUUGGAAGUCUCAACGUGUCUGCGGAGAUAUCAAACAUUGAAGCACGGAAUAUCAGCAUUAUUCAGGGUAACAACAUCGCUUUCAUCAAGACAUAUCCCGGCGGAUCUGGCUAUGUCACAAACAUUACCUUCUCAAACUUUCGUUCUUUGGCAAGCCUCUAUGGCUUGAGUGUCAAUCAGUAUUGGCAGAAUACAUUUGAGCCCGACACUGGUGCUGUUGCACUGAGCAACUUGCAUGAUCUAAUACCAUUUACAGGCUCUGUGGCUCAAGGAACGAAGCGCCCUCCACUUUAUCUGAUUGCGAAUGAUCUCACAUUUGCUACCAAUGUUACUGUGGAAGACUUUACAGUGUGGACGGAAACGGGUACCACGGUCUUGAACAAGAUUAGCAACAUAUUUGGGACUGGUGAUAACAGUUAUGGGUCGAAUGAUGGUAUCAAAUCUCUGGAUAAGGGAGAGUCACCUUCGCCUUACACCAGCACCUAUACUAUCACAGCAUCCCCAACAAAUUGGCAAGCUCCAAGCACUCCUACGUGGGCUGUGCCCAGCACAGGCUAUGGAACGGCAUCUCCUAUUCCAGUGUAUAGUCCGGCUCCUCUGUGGCGCCCCGGUGGUGUGGAUUAUGACUUACAUUACUGGGGAAGCUUUUAA